CAUGUUGAAACCUGGUGAAAAAGUCAGAGAAGCUGUGAAGCAACGGGGCUGACUCACACGGCCCUCAAGUCAUGGAGUGAAAAUCCGGAGCGCCGAAGGGCCCGAUGGUGGCUGGGACAGCGGGACAGCGGGACAGCAGGGCAGGGCUCCUGCUGCGGGCAUGGCAGGCGCCGGUGAGGGACCUGAUGCCUGGCUAUAAAUACCCGCUACCCAUAUGAGGCCGUGCCGUGCCGGCCGGGACCGCUCCGGUUACAGCCCGCUGCCCCCCCAGCCCCCCGGUGCCGUGCCUGCCGCUGCGGGCAGGGGCACACGCGUACCGCCCGCUGCCUGCGGGCACUCGCACGUGGCUGCGGACGGUGCCUGCCGCAGGCCCCGUGUCCAAGGGCGUGCAGAGCCCACGGUGUCCCCUCACGGCGCACCGAAGCGCUGGGGCACACACACAGCCACAGCACCUGCCCUGCACAGACGCGCACGGCCACAGCCGCUCCCCGCACACCCGAAUGGACCAUCGCAACCCGGCACUGACCACCUCACCCCCGGCCCGGCCCAUCGCCCCCGCCCGGCCGCCGGGCCGGGCCGCGGGGCUCGCUUGCGGAGCCGGGGCUCGCUGCGGAGCCGCCGGAGCGGAGCCGGGGCUCGCUUGCGGAGCCGCCAUGCCGCUCAAGGCCGUCAUCCUCAUCGGGGGCCCGCAGAAGGGGACCCGGUUCCGGCCGCUGUCCUUCGAGGUGCCCAAGCCGCUCUUCCCCGUGGCCGGCGUGCCCAUGGUGCAGCACCACAUCGAGGCCUGCGCCAAGGUGCCCGGCAUGAAGGAGAUCCUGCUGAUGGGUUUCUACCAGCCCAACGAGGCCCUCAGCCGCUUUCUCGUAUCGGCGCAGCAGGAGUUCAAGGUUCCCAUCAGGUUCAGCACUAUGUGGAGAAGCCCAGCACGUUUGUCAGUGAGAUCAUUAACUGUGGCAUCUACCUCUUCACACCUGCCAUCUUCCAGCACAUUGGUGAGGUCUUCCAGAGGAACCAACAGGAGUUAGCACUCUGUCCUUACCUUGGAGAGGAAAGUUCCAAUGGCUGGCAGCGUGCAGAAGUGAUCCGGCUAGAGCAGGAUGUUUUCACGGCCCUGGCUGGGAGUGGCAAACUCUUUGUCUACAAAACUGAUGGCUUCUGGAGCCAGAUCAAGUCAGCUGGCUCUGCUAUCUAUGCCAGCCGCCUUUACCUGAACCAGUAUAGCAAAAGCCACCCAGAGAGACUGGCCCAGAACAAACCUGGAGGUCCUGUCAUCCGAGGGAAUGUGUACAUCCACCCGACGGCCUCCAUCGACAGCACUGCAGUGCUGGGCCCCAACGUCUCCAUUGGGGAGGGUGUGACCGUGGGCGCCGGUGUGCGCGUGCGAGAGUCCAUCGUCCUGCACGGCGCCUCACUCCAUGACCACACCUGCGUCCUGAAUACCAUUGUGGGCUGGGACAGCACGAUUGGGCGCUGGGCCCGGGUGGAAGGGACUCCCAGCGACCCCAACCCCAACGAUCCCUAUGCCAAGAUCGACAGCGAGACCCUGUUCCGGGACGGGCGCCUCACGCCCUCCAUCACAAUCCUGGGCUGCAGUGUCACCAUUCCGGCUGAGGUCGUUAUUCUCAACUCCAUUGUCCUUCCUCACAAGGAGCUGAGCCGAAGCUACAAAAACCAGAUUAUCCUGUGAGUCAUGGGCAGCACCAGCCCCCUGCUCCCUGCCGUGCCCCACAAGAAGAGCCUGCGCUGAGGCCUCGCAUCCUGGGAGGUUCUCAGCACCCCCGGAGGGGGUAGGUGCAGGCCAGGAGCCCUGCAAGUGCCUGACCACUGCUCCAGACAGACAUUAAAGCUGAUGAGCAUCAGCCUUGCAUGCUGCUUCUCUUGCAGCCCAGGGACCAGCCCUGGGCCAGGGUGAAGGCUUUGGGGACAGUACGUGACCCUGGUACAAGCCUGUGUGCAUAUGCAGGGAGCACUUGCUGCCUGCAGUGUCUUGGGUCCAACUUUGUGUGCUUCUCCACCAAAGGGCACUACCAGCACCACCUUGCCACUCUGCACCAGGCUGUCCCUGCACUAUUUGCUGUCUGCAACUCCCUGGAAGGUCUUGGCCCAUCUCUAAGACCUGGGAGCUUUGAAUGUGCCUGUCUUGUGUAGGCAGCUCACCCCACAGGAACAGAUUGAGACUCUUGAUUUCAGCAUGAUUGCAACAGCCUGAGCUGGGCUCCUCCCUGCUGCUGGGAAAACAGCAGUGCCAUGCUGUCCUAGGGGCACUGGCACACACAGGGCUGGGUCAGACUAGCGGGCUGCUGGCCCUGGAGGGAGCUGCAAGAACACCCCUUCCCCCAGUACCACCUCUGCCCCCUGGGCUCAGUGCAUGCCAAGAGAGCUGCCAGCCCUACCAAGCCUGCUCUUGUCAGGCUGAGACCUGUGCCUGCUGCCUAGGCAGGGCUCAAGAGUGAGGGCAGCAAGCUCCUGCGGCCCUGGUGGGCCAACAGCCUCCUUCACACCAGCAUGGCUGCAGCUUGGGUGGGGGGGGCUCACUGCAUAUCUCCCCUUGUCACCAGCCACAUCCACUGGGCACCAGAGCAAUCAACUUACGUGUGUGCAAGUGGCAGGGAUUUAGCUCCUCACUUUGCCUCAAAAACCUGAUUUCAUGGAAGGCAGUUUCCUCCUGAACUGCCCUGGCAUGGAUUGUCUACAGUAACCAAUGCUGCCCCUUAUCCUUUUACCUCCCUGGUUUUGAACCCUGUGCUAAAGCCCUGCACUCCACCAAGGGCCCCAUCAUGCCUCUCAUUUUCAGCAAGGCACUGUAUUAGGUAUUCUCCAUCCAUCCAUCCAGUACCAUCCCAGUUCGAUGGAUUUGGAGUAAAUCCUUGCUCCUAGCCCUGUGCCUUCCUGUGCCAGUUCUCCUGUGGUCCUGGGCAGGGAUUAGCUGUUCCCUAGCUUUAAGCACAUUAAACUCCUUCAGUUUUGCCUCUGC